GCCGUGCGAGUUAGGGUGGGCUGGGUCCAACCCGGCCCACUGGCCACCUCUAUGAGCUGGUCUGCUGGACCUUUGAGUCGCAUAGAAUUUGCCCAUUGAACCUUUUUUUUUUUUUUUUUUUUUUUUUUUUUUUUUUUUUUUUUUUUUUUGGUGUAAUAUAUCACUUCCCGCCUCACACACUCUUCUCCAUCUCAAACUGAAUCACCAUGGGAGAAGAGAAGAAGAACAACAAGCGCCGCCGUCCCGACACCGACAAUUCAAAUUCCGACACCGACGAUUCUCUCUCCACCAUCAAAACUCCUUAUCUUUCUCACAAAUCCGCCCCUUUCCAAAAACGCCUUAAACCCGACACCACAAUCCUCGAAUCCCUCAAACAACUCGCUUACUCCAUCAAAAACCCUCCUCCUUCCUCCUCUAAAAAACCUAUUACUCUCGCCGACGUCUCUGCUUCUCUCUCCUCCUCCUGCCGUGAAGUUACCGACCUUUCUCUCUCCUCCGUUCAGUCAGAAAUCGAAACCCUCGUUUUAUCCCUCACUAAAUCUAUUCUCGCCGGAAAUGGUUUCUCCUUCAGUGUACCCUCCCGUGCUUCAUCCAACCAUCUUUAUAUUCCUGAGCUAGACCGUAUUGUUCUUAAAGACAAGUCCUCUUCUCGCCCCUUUGCCGCGGUUGGAUCUGUCCGUAAAGCUACUGUGACUGCCCGGAUUUUGUCGCUGAUUCACCAGCUUUGUCUCCGUAGCAUCCAUGUUACGAAGCGUGAUUUGUUUUACACUGAUGUGAAAUUAUUCCAGGAUCAAUCUCAGAGCGAUGCUGUUUUGGAUGAUGUUUCUUGUCUUCUUGGGUGUACUCGGUCGAGCUUGAAUGUGGUUGCUUCUGAGAAGGGGAUUGUUGUGGGUAGGCUUGUGUUUAGUGAUAAUGGAGAUAUGAUUGAUUGUACGAAAAUGGGUGUUGGUGGGAAAGCGAUUCCGCCUAAUAUUGAUCGUGUGGGGGAUAUUCAGAGUGAUGCAUUGUUUGUUCUUUUGGUUGAGAAGGAUGCCGCUUUUAUGAGGUUGGCUGAAGAUCGGUUUUACAAUCGAUUUCCAUGUAUCAUCAUUACUGCGAAAGGGCAGCCGGAUGUUGCCACUAGGUUGUUUUUAAGGAAGUUGAAGCUUGAGUUGAAUUUGCCUGUGUUAGCUUUGGUGGAUAGUGAUCCAUAUGGGUUAAAGAUCUUAUCGGUUUAUGGGUGUGGCUCAAAGAAUAUGUCGUAUGAUAGCGCAAAUUUGACUACACCAGACAUCAAAUGGCUGGGUAUUAGGCCAAGUGAUUUGGACAAGUAUAAGAUUCCAGAGCAAUGUAGGUUGCCAAUGACGGAGCAGGAUAUUAAAACGGGCAAGGACUUGCUGGAGGAAGAUUUUGUGAAGAAGAAUCCUGGUUGGGUUCAAGAGUUGGAGUUGAUGGUUAAAACCAAACAGAAGGCUGAAAUUCAGGCUCUCAGCUCUUUUGGGUUUCAGUACUUAUCUGAAGUUUAUUUGCCCCUCAAGUUGCAGCAGCGAGAUUGGCUCUAAUUCGAUCUGUUUUGUAUUGGUAUUGAAGAGUGUCAAUACUUGUAUGCAUAGAGGCAAUGUGCAUUGGCAGUGCGUAUUAUGUAUCUGAGAUUUUGCUAACAAGAUGUAUCUGAAAUCUUUUUUACAUGUCAUAUUUCUGAGUUCCAAGAGUCCUGUUAUAUUAGUUUGUUGUAUGAAAUCAUUUUUUACAUGUCCAAUAUUUCUUAGUUUGUUCUUGGUUAUGACGAUUAAGAUGCAUAGUUGCAUACACUAAGUGUCAUGGACGCAGGGGUGUGUAUUGCCCAAAGCAUCCACAAGUGUGACAGAAUUUGCUCGUAUUAAUGAAAUAAAAACAGUAAGUAUUUUAUUUCA